UAAAAUUGCAAAAUUAUUGUAAGAGGAAAAUGAAGGAGAUCCGUGAGGUUGCUAAAGCUUAUUACGAAAACUCGACAGAGCAGCAAAAGAAGGAAGCCCAGGAUGCUUUCCAAAAGAUGAAAUCGGAAAACAAUAAUACAAUAAGCCUAACUGAUUUCUUGGACAUCUUCCUGCCAGAUAGUUUUCCCAAAAGUGUUGCUUGUUCUUUGUUCGAGGAUCAGCUAGACGUAAAUCGUGAUGGCAUCUUGGAUUUCAACGAGUUUAUCACCUUGUUCUAUCUGCAUCAAAGCAAGAGGCUACUGUAUUGUCAUGGCUGCGAAAAGUUUCUUACUGGACUGUAUUUCACUUGCGUCAAAUGCUUUGAUUCCACCAGUAAUAGCUAUGACAUCUGCUCCCUCUGUUACCAGAACAAAAACCUUCAACACCACACAGAUGCAGUCUUCUUGGACAACUACGCUUUACUCCGCCGGAAAAAACCCUCGUCGGAAACGGCAGUAGACCCAAUUCAGGAAAGCGAUGAAAUCAAUGAAGAUGUACAUGAAUAUGAGCAAGAAAAUGAAGAAGUUGCAAAUGCAUCUAACCAGGAGAAAACUGAAAAUCGAAAUAUUGCUGCAAACAUGCUGCCUCGUAACCGGAAACGCGACCGAAUCUUCAAGGGACUUGCAAAACUAGGAGUAAAUGUCACAUCAAAAGUAUCAGGCCGCAUCUCAUCAACUGCUGACAGUUCUGAUUGCAGUCUCAUGUGAUGGUAGAUAUGGCAAUUGUUUUAAAAUUAGAAGUUAAUAAGUCAAAUGUUAUUCUGCGUUCAUGAGUACUGAUCGUUUGUAGCAUUAAUGUGUGCAUGCAUGUGUGUAUUAAUUGACUAUGUACCAUACCGUAUCAUAGUAUGCAUUAGUCUAGUUAGAUACUGUAUCAUAUUAUGCCAGCUUCAUUGUCUAUAAAUAAACAACAUCUUGCCAGUAUGCAAUAAAUAAACAUGAACAUCUUGAAUUUUAUAAACAACUUUGU